UGCCCCCCGCGAAUGAGUUGAAUGACGGAAAGGCCCUUGGUAAAGCAAGACUCAUUUCCCUCCUUGAGAUCUCAGAAACCCUCCUUGGCAAAUGCAAUACCUGAUUUCCCUUGGAAAAUCCCCCUAUUCCAAAUUUCCCUCCAUUUUUCCGCUGCCACUCCUAACCCAACCCACCUACGAUCACCGGAGGUAGCACCGAGCGAGUUCCUCUUUCGUCCCUACGUUGUCACCCACUCUGAUAGGGCUUCUUCUCCAUCAUCAACCACUGCAUUCCUCGCAGUCGGUUUUUGCUUUGAACUUAUGAUGGAAGUUCAAGAUCACAAUGAGCAUACUCAAGAAAAGAAGAUGCUUCCACCACCAGUUGGAAUCUUUCAGACGCGGGAAGAACUUCUCAAACAUGUUCGCGACUUUGCCCUAACACAGGGUUAUAUGGUAUCCAUUAAGGAUUCCUCAAAGGAUAGGUAUGUAACCAUUGCUUGUGAUAGAGGUGGCAUUUAUCGUGAAAGGCUUAAGACCGGUGAAAAUAUGCGUCAAAGGAAGACAGCUUCUCGCCUUACUAAUUGUCCCUUUGAAGUUGUGGGCAAAAAGGAUGAUGACUUGUGGACACUAACCAUUAAAAUUGGAGAACACAAUCAUGAGCCUUCAACAGAUGUUUCUGACCAUCCUUCCUGCCGUCGUUUUACUGAAGAGGAGUUGUUAAUGAUAAGAGAAAUGACUGCAGCUGGUAAACGGCCACGUCAAAUUCUCAAGGCUUUAAGGCAACAAAAUCCGAAUCUUGUAUCAGAUUCAAGGAAUGUUUACAAUGUCAAAGCCAAGAUCCGUCGAGACAGUUUGUCAGGCAAGAAAGUGGAGUCAUCGUCAUCAUCAUCAGCGGUAGUGAACGGAUGUCCAAGCGAGGUGUCGCCGCCGCAACAGAUGGUACAACAAGGUGUGGCAAUGACGGGGUCUCCUCAUGUGCACAUGGAGAGCAAAGCAGUGAGUGAUACGAAGGUUUUAGCUGCCGAGUUGUGCCACUACUUGUACACGCUGGGGUGGGUUUCGGGCGCUGGAGGCAGCAUCACCCUCAGAGUCCACGACGAUUCCGUCCCUAGGCCCGCUCAGCUCAUUGUCAUGGCCCCUUCUGGUGUUCAGAACGAGAGAAUGGUUCCCGAGGACAUUUAUUUACUAUCAUCAGAUGGGUUUGUUUUGUCCAGACCCCUUCUUAAGCCAUAUGCCCAUAAGGCUCCCAAGUGUACUGAUUGUGCUCCUCUAUUUAUGAAGGUUUAUGAAAUGUGUAAUGCUGGGGCUGUUAUUCACAGUCAUGCCAUGGAGUCUUGUCUCGUAACGAUGAUCAAUUCUUUCUCAAAGGAAUUUCGGAUCACCCACAUGGAAAUGAUAAAAGGAAUUCAAGGACAUGGUUAUCAUGAUGAGCUUGUGGUCCCUAUAAUUGAGAACACUGCCCAUGAAAGGGAGCUCUUGGAGUCUCUUACUGAAGCGAUCAGAGCUUAUCCCAAAACUACGGCCGUACUUGUUCGCAACCAUGGGGUGUUUAUUUGGGGAGACACAUGGGUUAGUGCAAAAACUCAGGCUGAAUGUUAUCAUUAUCUCUUUGAUGCUGCUAUCAAGCUUCAUCAGCUGGGGUUGGACUGGUCUACUCCGAGUCAUGGUCCCAUUCACAAUGUCAAUGGAGUUUGGGGAUGUAGUGGGAAUUUCAGGAGGGCUCUGAAGACAGGGCCUUUGAGUUUGGAUUACACGAUUGAACCUUCCCAAGUAAGUUUGGGGUGUUCUCUCUGUCCAAGAAGGAAUAUUAGGGUUGUUCUCUUUGAGCACUGUGUGCUUCUUGACAUUGAAGGGACAACAACUCCUGUAGCAUUUGUUACUGAUGUUCUUUUCCCGUAUGCCCAUGAUAAUGUGGGAAAGCACUUAGCUGCGACAUAUGACAGCGAAGAAACUCAAAAUGAUAUCAAUUUGCUGCGUCCUCAAAUUCAAAAUGAUUUGGAACAUGGUGUUACUGAUGCUGUGCCUAUCCCCCCAGAUUAUGUUGGGAAAGAGUUGGUGAUUGCAUCUCUAGUUGCUAAUGUGGAAGCAAUGAUUAGGGCUGAUAGGAAAGUAACUGCCCUGAAACAACUUCAGGGUCAUAUUUGGAGAACCGGAUUUCAAAGCAAUGAGUUGGUUGGUGUUGUAUUUGAUGAUGUAGCAGAAGCUCUUGAGAGGUGGCAUUCUUCGGGCAUAAAAGUGUACAUAUAUUCUAGUGGUAGCAGGGAGUCUCAGCAGCUUCUAUUUUCCAAUUCUAACUAUGGUGACUUGAAAAAGUAUUUGUGCGGAUUCUUUGAUACCACAGUGGGAAGCAAAAAAGAGGCAUGCAGUUACCUUGAGAUUUUGCAAACAGUGGGAGUAGAUAGGCCUGGAGACAUGUUAUUUGUGACGGAUGUCUUCCUAGAAGCUGUAGCUGCGAAGGCUGCAGGUUUGGAAGUGGUAAUAUCCGUCCGCCCAGGAAAUGGACCUCUGCCAGCCAAUCAUGGGUUCAGAACAAUUCAAUCUUUGUUGGAAAUCUAAUACCCAAUAUGUUAUUCUUUAAUUUUAUAAAAUAGUGCUCAAUUUUGAUUAA